AUGAAUGUCGACAUCGAGGAGCUUCUCCGUCUGGAGAACGAGCUGAAGGCUUCAUGUGAACGUGAAACAUCGCCUGCCACCCCAGACGCCAAGAUGAAUAUCCUCAAGUGCCUCCAGGUCCAGACGGUCGUGCAAUUUCAACUCGCCUACGACGAUUUGUACUACGAGCUCAACAAAGAGGGAGGGCUUGAAUGCCUCCGCAGCAUCGCCCCGGCUCGGUCGACGGGCAUCGUCCAACCCAAGGUCUUGGACCCACAGAACUGCGAUGAAGGCGGGCAACUUGAAAACCAGCUACAGUUCUAUCUUGCGGACGCUGAGCUUGCAAAGCCGCAUCUGGACGAGCUCAUAACGAAGGUUGCACACGACUCGAGCAAGUAUAAGGUUCAAUGCGCGGAUGUCAAGUCAUGGGAAAGCACGCGACGGAAAGCCAGCAACUCCUGUGGCGGGGACGUCAGAAAGGUUGCUGACAUGGCCAGGGUGGCUGUGAUCUGUGCCACACCGGAGGCUCUGAAAGAGGCGUACUUGGCGAUCAUGGGAUUGCCCGAGGCGAAUGUUCUGCGGGUGAAGAACGGCUUCAACUCCGACUGGAUGCCUAGCGGGUACCGGGAUGUGAAGCUGAACCCCGUCGUGAACGACCACCUUUGUGAGAUUCAGCUGCACCUCCGCGAAUUCUUCGCGUUGAAAGGCGGCCAGCACGUCGUUUACGAGUGGGCGCGGGAGCUAAACGUGACCACGGAAAUGCGCGGCGAAGACCUGUUCAAGAACGUAUCCCCCGAGGUUAUGAAGGAGAUGAUGCGCCUGGCUGGGCAAAACUGGCGUGAAACUGGGUUCUGCCUACCGGACCUGCAGCUCGCUGCCGGGCAAUACGAUCGGGCGGAGGAGAGUCACCGAGAGCUACUUGGGGAUGCCGAGAACGACGCCGCACGAGUAGCCGAGGACCACGACUCCAAGGAAUCGAGACAGGCGUUGCUCCGCGUUAACGCAGCCAGGGCAAGGCUCGCCCUUGUUUUGGAGAAGCAGGGAAAGCAUGCCGAGGCGGACCCUCUCUACCUUCGAGCGAUUGAGGUUGCGGAGAAGAUGCUCGGCCGCGAUCACCCAGAUCUGGCCACCUCGAUCAAUAACCGGGCGGAGUUAUUGAGGGCACAGGCGAGAGGCAAACAAAAUGAGGCCGAGCCACUGUAUGAGCGGUCCCACGCGAUAUUAAGGCAGGCCUUGGGUCCCUGGCACCCGCAUGUGGCAGUAACACUCAACAACUGGGCGGGACUUCUUGCGGCACAGGUGAGAUGAUCCAAUGGAACGUUACAG